AUGCAUCGUCUUUUUGCUGAGCUGGAGCCAUCUUUAACCGUCACAGAGCAAAACCUGGCAGACCGAGUUCGGUAUAUCUUGCGCUCAAAUAUAUUUGAUGUCGCCGAAGUCGAACGGCUACGACGUGAGGCUGUUCCCUCGUCGGAUGAGAAUGCUACGGCUGAGGAUGCGGCGCCACAAAUGGUAGAGCAACCCGCAAACGUGGAUGCCGCCGUGAAUACCCAAGUUGUGGUUGAUUCAAGCGAUGAUGGAACAGUCACCCAGGAACUGGAAUUAGAGCAUAUGAGGAGUACAUUGGAAGAGGCGAUUGUGGAAAUGCGCAGUACGCCUCUCGAAAAUCGACCCCGACUUCCCCGCAUAGCCCUAAGCAAGCGGAAUCGGGCUGUCGUGAGGGCUCUGAACCCAAUGCUGGUGACCUAUUUGGAAGCCAGCCGGGACCUUUUGCGAGACGGACUCAAUUCUUUUGGCGCCGCACUGGCAGUCUGCCGUAUCAUAGGCGCCAAGGUUUCCACGGCUGGACGCGCUACUGACCAUAGUAGCGCUAUCCCAGCAUGGAGAAGAAGAAUUGAGGAACGUAUCGCAAAGGCUAGAGCUCUCAUCGGCAGACUGAUAUGCUUCAGAUCAGGCAACAACAGGCCAAGAAUUGUGCGCACCGUCAGGAUGGCGUUUGCUGGGACAAAUGUCAGUUUGUCCCAGCCGGAUAUAACGCAAAAACUGACGGAGCGCAUAGAUGAUCUGAAGCAGAGAAUCGCUGCUUGGGGAAAGCGGAUUCGGCGAUAUACCGAGAGGUCGACACGGUUCAACCAGAAUCGUCUCUUCCAGAGUGAUCAGAAGAGGCUCUAUGAAUCAUUGGAGCGACCAAUGGUAAGUGGAACGGGUCCAGCACCGAAUCAGGCCGACACUGUAGCAUUCUGGCGCGGCCUGUGGUCAGAGCCCGUAAACCACAGCGAGGGCCCUUGGACGGAAGUUGUGGCGUGUCAGUGUGCGGGUAUUACGCCCAUGGACCCCGUCAUCAUAACGCCGGAUGACGUAGCUGAGGCGGUCCGUAGGGCCCCGAACUGGAAAAGUCCGGGGCUUGUCGGGCUGCAUCACUACUGGCUGAAGGGGUUCACUCUGUGCUCGCCCGACAGUUUCAAGAGGCUCUUAACCAGAAGUCGCUCCCAAGCCUCUUCACUACUGGGAUCACUCAUUUGGUUCCUAAAGACCAGGGUACCACAGACCCGAGCAAAUACCGCCCCAUCACGUGUCUACCGACCAUAUACAAGACACUAA